AAAAGUGAUGUAUAUGGAAUCUGGGUCAGCUGUAGCUGGUUAGUGCACUUCUGCAUGUGAGAGUAAAACACUGCAGUUUCAAAAAACAUUUCUCUCUUCUGGAAUAAAACAUACUGGAACAUUACUUUUUUCUUUUUUUUUUUUUUUUUUAAAUGAUUAGUUAGCUUGGUUAUCGUAUGGAGAAACCCAAUUCCUCAACACAGCUUGGACCUAACAGAGAAAGACAAAAGCCGUUUUCAACUCCAACUGCAGAUUAACAAUCCACAGCAUCGGGUAAUAUAGAAGAAAAAGCAACUUGGCCUCUGGAUUUUCCAUCUACCACAGAAGCAAAACAGCUGGAAGACUUUUUUUUCGUGUCUCUUCUGACAGUCAUCACACUUGCUUCAAAAUGAAGAUACUUAAAUGGACUUUGGGUGUACUGUUGUUCCUGCUGUUGUCUAUCGGGCGCUGUACAGAACAAUCUACGCCUAAUAAAACAUCCCAACGGAGGCACCCUCGUUCAGCAGACGGCGGAGAGGAAGGGAAGAAAUGUGGGUACACAUUCUUGGUCCCAGAACAAAAAAUCACAGGGCCAAUUUGCGUGAAUACUAACGCACCAGGUACUGGUAACAGAAAAGACGAAGUCACAAGAAUGGACAUAGAAAACUUGAAGGAUGUCCUGUCCAAGCAAAAGCGGGAGAUUGACAUUUUGCAAUUGGUAGUGGAUGUGGAUGGAAACAUUGUGAAUGAAGUAAAAUUGCUGAGGAAAGAAAGUCGUAACAUGAACUCUCGGGUCACCCAACUCUAUAUGCAACUCUUGCAUGAGAUAAUUCGAAAGCGUGAUAACUCACUUGAGCUUUCCCAACUAGAAAACAAAGUCCUCAAUGUUACAACAGAAAUGUUGAAGAUGGCAACAAAAUACAAGGAGCUUGAAGUAAAAUAUGCAGCACUAACUGAUCUUGUAAAUAAUCAGUCUGUGACUAUCUCGCUGCUGGAAGAGCAGUGCUUGAGAAUCUUCUCGCGACAGGACACCCACGGGUCUCCACCUCUUGUUCAAGUUGUGCCACAGCACAUUCCCAACAGCCAGCCAUACACUCCCAUUCUCCUGGGAGGUAAUGAGAUACAGCGAGACCCAGGUUACCCUAGAGACAGAGAUGUAAGGCCACCACCUGAUCCAGCUACUUCUCCUACAAAGAGUCCUUUCAGAGUACCACCACUGGCUUUAAUUAAUGAGGGUCCAUUCAGAGACUGCCAACAAGCCAGGGAAGCCGGGCAUUCCAACAGCGGAAUUUAUAUGAUCAAACCUGAAAAUAGUAACGAGCCGAUGCAACUAUGGUGUGAGAACAGCCUGGACCCUGGAGGAUGGGCAGUUAUUCAGAAGAGGACAGAUGGAUCUGUCAACUUUUUCAGGAAUUGGGACAGUUACAAGAAAGGAUUUGGAAACAUUGAUGGAGAGUACUGGCUGGGACUAGAAAAUAUUUACAUGCUUACCAAUCAGGAUAAUUACAGACUACUGAUUGAGUUAGAGGACUGGAGCAAUAAGAAAGUCUAUGCAGAAUACAGCAGUUUCCGCCUGGAGCCCGAAAGCGAAUUCUACAAGCUACGCUUAGGAACAUACCAAGGAAACGCAGGCGAUUCCAUGAUAUGGCAUAAUGGAAAGCAAUUUACAACACUGGACAGAGACAGGGAUAUGUAUUCAGGAAACUGUGCUCAUUUUCACAAAGGCGGCUGGUGGUACAACGCGUGUGCCCACUCUAACCUUAAUGGGGUGUGGUACAGAGGGGGCCACUACAGGAGCAAGUAUCAGGACGGAAUCUUUUGGGCAGAGUACCGGGGAGGUUCCUACUCCUUGAAAGCAGUUCAAAUGAUGAUCAGACCUAUAGACUGAGGAGGAAAAUCCCACAGUGCUCAAGUGAUCACAUAGAAAACUUCUCAGCACUUGAGUUCCAGAAAAAUAAAAUAUUACUUUUUAAUCAUUAUUUUGCACAGUCUGCCCCUGCAAAAAGCAGGUCUACAGUUUUCCUGUCUUUUUUUUUUUUUUACCCUGUUGUGUUCCCCCCCCCCUUUUUUUUAGAAACUUCUUCUACUGUGACAGACAGUGUUUUUUUUAAACACACAUUCACAAAAGCAGAUGUUUGUGCUCGCAAAGCAUAUUUAUCUUUGUUCAAGUCCAACACACUUUAUGUAAACAGUCACUAAAGCUGGUUAAAAAUUCCAGAUAUAUGACAAGAUAUAAGCUUUUUCACUUAAAAAGCUUAUGUUUUUUCAGGUUAGCUCAACUCAUACAUGUAAAUAUGUGAAAUGACGUUGUCUUGCUUUAAUGUGAAAAUUGAUUCGUUAUUUAACAAUUUAUUUAAAAAUGUUGGUAUUACUUUCAAUGAAAAAUCUGACUUCACAUUACUGUUUAAGAUUUACUCCAAGAAGCUACACAAAAAAUCGAAGACAUUCUAGCUUUGCCAGCAGAGAGAGCUUUUUGCAACAAAUAAUUAUUUCAAAAUGAAGUGGGGAAUUAAACAUAAAAUAUGGUGUAGAGAAUUCCUUAAGAUCUGCAUACCCUACCUUCUGUAAAACACUUAGGCAAAAUGUUCCUAACAUAAGUGCUCCAACUAGAAGUGAUGAGGUCUGAAUAAGUGUUCACACGCACUAAUUUAGAGAAGGACCAAGUCUCUGAAUAUUAGAAGUUUUCCUCCAACAUAGCUUUCUGCUGACAUAGGAAAACUGACAUUACAAAUCAGCUGAGUGUAUUCUCCCUGCCACCCCAAACUUGGACUGCUCUUAUGACAUACACAUUUCCCUUCUCCUACACGUAUACAAACUUUUGAUACUGUCUAUAUUAAAUUUUCUACCUUCUAGAUAAUCAGAUUUCUACUGGAGCUAAUAUGUAAUUUAAGAAAUUAAUUAGAAAAUACUGUUCCAAUCUUUAACAAAAGCCAUACAAAAUACCGCAUCAAAACAAGGUAUUUCCAAAAUCAGAAACCACAAAAUGUUUACUUUCUGUACCAGAGUCUCCAAAACUAACGCUUUCUUCCUAGUAUAUAAAAUUAUUUAAUAGUUGUACUUAGCCACACAGCUUACCUAAUUUAAUUUGGUAUUACACAAAAACUAAAUAUGCUGCUCUGAACUAUAAUCAAUGUAUUUGGGGACUCACAUGUGCCUUCAGAAUUUUAAGGCACUUUGCCCCUAUUUAACAUAAGAAAUCCUAAUAGCUAAAAGAAUAAUCUAAUAUUGUUAUGUUCAACUAGUUGGUAUGUUAAACUAGUCAAUAUCAAUUGCUAUGCAAACCCUCAUUCGUAAUUCAGAGGAGAGAAAAUAGCAUGAUCCUUUCAAAACACAUUCUCUGGAGUAGGUAAAGCUUCAUUGAUAAUGUAGGGCUGCAAGGGUUGUAGUUAAAUCUUUGGUCAGAGAGCAAAGCCAAAAAGUUUCAACACUAAUUGCGGCUGGCAGGGAUGGGUAGGUGGGGAAUCAGUCCCAGCAUAUGCCAUUCCCAAAUUCCAAGAAUUUUAACUGACACAAACAUUUAAGAUUACAAUUCUGAAACUGGUCGUCAUACAAAGGAAUAUUUGUUACAAAUAUCAUACAGACCUCAUUGAUUGAGUGCUCUAGAAAAUGCUUUUUAAUUGCCAACACAAAAUUCAGACUAUCUAUAGUCUAUUUUUUUUUUUCUAUGGUAGCUGGAUAGAAAAACAGUUCAGGUAAAUUUAAAAGCUGAAAAUGCCCUCAAAAAUGUUCCUUUAAUGAACACUUCUGAAGCUUUAGUUCAUUCAGCCAUGGAUUUCCUAUCCUUGGAAGAGAUGUUAUCUUACCACAAGAAUCUCUUGUCUGCUACAAAACCAGUGUUUGCUCAUUCAGGGCGGUCAGUGAAAGGUGUACUUUGCAGAAACCCCUAAGUAAAAUUAGCUUGUACUCAGCCUUUACAUUAAACCUUAUAUAUUAGACAGCUAAAAAGUGAAUCUUCCCCAAUUUAAAGCUGCAGGAUGAUGUUAACUGAACAUUAUUUCAAAAUAUACCCAGAAAGCUCAGACUGUAAAAAAUGCUGCACUCUCAAAGGAAAGACUUAAUUUUAAGUUGCCAAUUUAAGAUUAUGAGGAGGGAAAGCAUAGCAUCUCUUUUUCAGGUUGGUUCACACUCUGUACAAUAAUUUACUACUUUCAAAUGCUUGUAACUAUCAGGUCUUGGCUUUUGGGCUGAAUUUUCUAAGCAGGGUAAAUGACAAAGAGUUCAAUGUUUUCUCUGUCACUUCUUUUAGGAAAGUUUUUCAAAAGAGGCUGUAGCAUCCCUCAAGCCUAUUGUACCAAACAUGCAGAAGCAGUUUAUCUGUGAAGGAUAUAGCUUUCACCAUUCCUGUACUAAUCAGUCCAAAUUUAACCAAGCAGACCUUGAAAAAGUUUAACCUGUACUAAACCUGAAACACAGUUUUCACGUAUAUUUCCAAAGUCUAUUGCAAGCAUUAUCACCAAAGUAGCUGAAUAUUCAUCAGAUGAAUACUUCAAUAACCUGUUUUCAGCUUUUCUGUUUCUGGAUAUAAUUCCUGAAAGACAGCUAUAAGAAAAUAUUUCACAAGGUAGUACUGCUUAGUUAAAUAAAAAUUUACUUCUCAA